GACAUUUCCCGAGAUGCCCCGCGAGGCCUUUCCUCACCGUUCGACCCCCGGAAGAAAGAGCCUGCGCGGCGGCGGCGGCGGCGGCGGCAGCGGCGGUUGUUGACAACAUGGCGGCUGCCUCCUUUUCCGCCGUGUGGGGAGCGGGAGGCGGCGGCGGUUGCGGGAGGAGCAGGAGGAAGGCGCUGCCUCAGGAGCCCUGAGAGGGAGACGGGACCGCCCGGGCUUCCCUCUCCCGGCCCCCGCGCCGCCACCGCCGCCGCCACAAUGUCCUUCUUCAAGAGGAAAGUGAAGGGCAAAGAGCACGAGAAGGUAACCGAAGUAAAAGCAAUUAAAGCUGCAGUGCCAGUACAUUCCCCACAGAGAAGCACCCGGAACCAUGCCUUGCUGGAGGCUGCUGGACCAAGCCACGUGGCCAUCAACGCCAUCUCUGCCAACAUGGAGUCCUCGAGCAGCCGCACAGCGGCUCUUAAAAAGCAGCCCAGCCACAUGGAGGCUGCGCACUUUGGAGACCUUGGCCGAUCCUGUCUGGAUUAUCAGGCUCAAGAGACCAAAUCCAGCCUUUCCAAGACGCUUGAGCAAGUCCUCCGGGACGCCGUCGGCCUCCCCUAUUUCAUCCAGUUCAUGGAGCUGCGCCGAAUGGAGCACCUGGUCCGGUUCUGGCUGGAGGCGGAGAGCUUCCACUCCACCACGUGGUCCCGCAUCAGAGCACACAGCCUGAACACCGUCAAGCACAGCUCCUUGGCUGAGCCGGUCUCCCCUUCCUCCAAGCAGCUGGAGAACGCCGCAUCGGCAUCGUCUUCCUCCGAGUUGCUCAGCAGGCGCCUGGAGGACUGUGGUCCGGCCCAGCCCUUGCCUGCUAGGCUGCCGGCCACCGAACUGAAUGGCCAGGCGCUGAGCCUUCAUAACCGUUUGCUGCUUUGCCAAGGUGCUGCUGCUGGCAAGGCCCGUCUCGGGCUUGGGGAGUCUGGAGCAGAGGACUGUCCUGCUCCGGACGAACCUCAAGACCCUUCCAAAGUCUCCGUAUCCAAUAGAAACAGUCCCUCCUUUGCACUAAAGGACUUGUCAGGAAAACUCAUGAAAAGUAUAGAACAGGAUGCAGUUACAAUUUUUACCAAAUAUAUCUCUCCCGAUGCUGCUAAACCCAUACCAAUCACAGAGCUGAUGAGAAACGAUAUAGUGGGUAAGGAGCAGGCAUGUAUUUGUGGGGAAGACGGACAGGUGGACCCAAACUGCUUCGUCUUGGCACAGUCGAUAGUGUUUAAUGCCAUGGAACAAGAGCACUUUAGCGAAUUCUUGCGGAGCCACCACUUCUGCAAAUACCAGAUUGAGGUGCUGACCAGUGGGACUGUCUACCUGGCCGACAUCCUCUUCUGCGAAUCUGCCCUCUUCUAUUUCUCCGAGUUCAUGGAGAAAGAAGAUGCCGUUAACAUCUUGCAGUUCUGGCUGGCGGCGGAUAACUUCCAGUCUCAGCUGGCCGCCAAAGAGGGCCAGUACGACGGGCAGGAGGCCCAGAACGACGCCAUGAUCUUAUAUGACAAGUACUUCUCCCUCCAAGCCACUCAUCCUCUAGGAUUCGAUGACCCCGUCAGACUGGAGAUAGAAUCCAAUAUUUGCAGGGAAGGAGGACCACUCCCCAACUGUUUCACCACUCCGUUACGGCAAGCCUGGACCACCAUGGAGAAGGUUUUCCUUCCCAGCUUCCUCUCCAGCAACCUUUACUACAAAUACUUGAACGACCUCAUCCAUUCGGUCCGCGGAGACGAGUUUGCCAGCGGCUGCAUCGCCCCGACUGUUCACGGCCACGGCGGCCCUCCUGACCACGACUCCCACAUGGGCUCCCUGGAUGGGACGGCUUCUUCCUCCCAGCCUGGCCUCAAAAAGGCUAAUAUAAAAAUCCUGAAAAACUUUGACGAAGCAAUAAUUGUCGAUGCUGCCAGCCUGGAUCCGGAGUCUCUGUAUCAACGGACGUACGCUGGAAAAAUGACGUUUGGGCGAGUGAGCGACCUGGGCCAGUUCAUCCGGGAGUCCGAGCCGGAGCCCGACGUCAAGAAGUCCAAAGGGUCCAUGUUUUCACAAGCAAUGAAGAAAUGGGUGCAAGGAAACACAGAUGAGGCUCAAGAGGAGAUGGCCUGGAGGAUCGCAAAGAUGAUUGUCAACGAUGUCAUGCACCAGGCACAACCUGACCCAGCUGUAGAAAAAAUUACAAAGCUAUGAUCUUCAGCAUUUCCAAACAAGGGGACAUUGGGUUUUUCUGCCUCUGAAGAUAAAGUGGAUUCUGUUCCUUCUCUCUCCACUCCAGGGGAAAUGAAAACUGUGUUGGCCGAUUUCUCCUUUGAAACAGAGUCGGCAGGAAACCAAGCACUGUAAACUGAUGUGUGUCCUCCUUUCAGAACAAACUUUUUCAGGAGAUUUUUGGGGGAAGGAGAACCUAAGACUUCCUUGCAUCGAGCGCAAAUCAGUUUGCUUCUCUCCCGCACAUACGCCCUAAAUUCCCCGUCGAAGGGACACGUUUCUGGCAAAAGGUCCGCCAGCUCCCUCUGCAAAGGAUUCCUUCUCCAAACGGCUUGGAACCGGAGCACAGUUCAUAACAAAAGGACCGCAGGAUAGAUUUCCAUGUCCCUCCCUCCUCCAUAGGUCCCUAGCUGUGCUUUCUUUUUAUAGAGAAAAAUCUGCAAUCAGAAAGGCACGGGGCGCCUUAUCCCGUCAGAGAGGGCUGAGCUAUUGACGGUGAACGGUCUUUUAAGAGUCCCGGAGCCAUUUUGAGUUUUUCUUCCUUUCCUUUUACUUGAAGCGUUCUGAAUACGGUAGCAGCCGGACCUCUUCUCUCACAUUUGUCUCGGUCCCGGAAAAAAGUAGUGACAGAGAGCGGGCGUUGAUUGCACGUGAAUUCCAAUUCUCCAUGGUCACUUUGGCCCUUAAAUCAGCCAAGCCCAUUCCUUGCUUCGGAGAAGACAUGGCUCCACACCCGCCCAUCUCACCCUGUAAUGGGCAUGUUCUGCCAAGGACUGAAAUGCAAGCAGAAAAGAAUGGUCUCUGUGUCCUGGGUAUCCUGUUUUUUUUGUUUUUAAGCUUUGCAAAUGCUCCUGUUGAACUGAAAAGGUUUUCUCUUUCCUAGUCUUUUUUUUUUUUAAAUUGCCAGUUCUGAGUCAGCAGGCCUUCGUCCUUGUAUUUCCUUGCAAUCCUUUAGGGAUAGGAAGCAAUCUUCAUGCAACCUGAAUGGAGACUUCCAUUAUCCCUGCAGCAGGCGACUAGUUUCCCCAGAGUAUUCAGAGUACUCAGGAAUGGGUCCACUCCGUGUGUCCGUGUGUUUGUGCAUAUUUUCCUUUAGGUCUUCACUCCGGUUGAAAUGUUUUCUGUUUGGAGAGUUUGUUUGCUUUUCAAUUCCAUUUUGCUUUUGUUUUCUGAAGACUCUGUGCAAAAGAAACAGUU